AUGAAGACUGUUUACGAGGCGUUGAGAAGAUUGAUUAACGUAAUCGGUGGAGCAGGAAGGCAGGCUCGUGUUUUUAAUAUACCCCGUACAACACUUCAAAGACGCCUAUCGGGAUAUACAUUUCGAACAGAUACACGCGCAAAUAGCCAUAAAAUGACUUCUAGUGAAGAGGAAUCACUUAAAGAAUGGAUCCUAUCACUAGAUAAACGUGGAGCACCUCCUCGGCCUGCACACGUACGAGAAAUGGCCAAUAUCCUGCUUUCAAAGCGUGAUACUACCUCCCCCUCUACUACUGUAGGGGAGAAAUGGGUAUACAACUUUACCAAGCGUACACCUGAGCUCAAAGCCUGCUUUGCACGUCGCUACAACUAUCAGCGUGCUAAAGUAAAUGAGGCUAUUCAGAAGUACGGCAUAGCUUCAAGCGAUAUAUAUAAUUUUGAUGAGACGGGGUUUGCAAUGGGCCUGAUAGCUGCAGCCAAACCAGGGAACCGGGAAUGGGUCACUGCCAUAGAAUGUAUUAGUUCUAAUGGAUGGGCUCUACCUUCCUGUAUCAUUUUCAAAGGCAAGGUGCAUAUGGAGGCCUGGUACGAGAAUGAUAAGAUUCCUUCUGAUUGGAGGAUUGAGAUCAGUCCUAAUGGCUGGACAAGUAAUGAGAUUGGCCUACGUUGGCUACAGAAUCAUUUUAUACCUUAUAUUACCGGCCGAUCUGUGGGAAAAUAUCGUUUACUUGUUCUAGAUGGCCACGAUAGUUAUCUAACGCCUCAAUUUGAUCAGAUCUGUGUAGAGAAUGAUAUUAUACCGAUCUGCUCGUACGGAGGCCUGAUUGAAUCUAAGAUGCGCUGCGGGUUUAAUCAUAUUGAUAAACUUGAUUUUUUAGAGGUAUAUUCUCAGGCCCACGCAGCGACCUUUACCGAUAGCAAUAUCUAUAGUGCUUUUAGAGCUACUGGCCUAGUUCCUUUAAGCCCUGAGCGCGUUUUUUCUCAGCUGACAGUUCAGCUUAAGACCCCUACGCCUCCGGGUAGUAGACCUAGCAGCCGAGGCAGCUCAGCGCCUAAAACGCCUUAUACAGUUAAGCAGUUAAAAAAAAUCUACGCUUAA